AUAUAUUGUUUUACAUGAAAUACUUUCAGGAGUUGCUUUCCUAACCGGCCUCUUUUGCGAAUGUUAUUAUACAUAAAUAUCUUUAUAUUAUAUUUAUAUUUUUAUAUGCUUAUAUUUUUUUUAUAUUUUCAAAUGUUUACUAUUUCAUAGUACUUGGAUAGAUGGCAGUUGAGAUGCCUGUCUGAUUUCUUUCGGCUUCAUGACCAUCUACUUUUUCCAUAAACACAGUCUAAUUUUUAAGUACAGGGAGCACAACAAAGGCGCGACGCGACGCAAUCUAUUACGCAUGUGUAUGACGGUUACUUUGUUUUCAAACUGUAAUAACAAGAGUAGAGAGGUUAUUUGUGCUUGGUUCAAUCAUAAAUUGCGGGAAGAAAGUUGGAGGUUUACAAUAAUUAUAUUUACGAGAUAGCUAAGCAGAAAAAUCUAAUUAUACGCAUUACACAUUUACGAAAAUGUCCGGCAUAUUUAAUUUGUUGGGUGGGAUCGCUGAACCUGAUAAAGACCAAGCGAUAAAGCCCAUGGCACGAUCUAAAACAUCUCACGAGAUUAGACCGAAUUCAUUGAAAGCCAUGGGAAGUACAAAGCUGAAAGGUCUAUCAAUGAGAUCUAACUCUGACAUGAAUAUGUCCCAAAGUGUACAUCCUACCACCAUAAAGAAAGACACAUUUGGUAAUAAAGAACAGAAUUUCUUAAAACCUAAGGUUACACAAGUAGAUAGCAGUGGGUGUCCAAUAUCUCCAGGAACAGAAGCAAAGAGAUUAGCAUCUUCCAAGUUUAAAGAGUAUACUUCAAAGAAAGAAACUACAACUAAGAAAGUGCCAUUGAGCGAUGAUAAUGUUUUUAAGGAACCAAUGCAUUUUAAGAAGAGUAAUGAAAAGUUUCUCGAACCAGAAGAAUUAGCACCUUGGAAUAAUGAUCAACAUGAAUUUGAUUAUGGAUACAUUGAUGCAAUAGAUAAAGAAUUUAUAAAUCUGCUCCAGAAGAGAGAAGAAAACAUAAAAACUCGACAAGAAAAAAUGUUUAUAUCAGAAAUAUCAAAUUUUGAAGACAUCCCAGAUUUCUCAGACCUAUGUAUCCCGGAUGUAUUUUGGACACACCCAUUGAUGAAGUAUACAACGAUAUUUUGUCUCCUGAUUUGCCCGAAAUGUCUGACAUAUCUGAGAUAUCCGAAACAUCUGAUGAUGACUACUAAAUGUACUACUAAUUACAGCAUAAAUUAACUUAAGCAAACUCGUGAA